AUAUACCUUAUAUAGCACCAAUCUAAGUGAUUUUCACUGCACCGGUAUGUAAACCGGUAACACAAUUUAAUGGGUUUCGCUUCCUACAUGAAGGAUAUGUAUAUCGCAAAAACUGGUAUCUGAACAAUCAGUGGUAUAAGAGAUAAUCCCAACUAACCAACUCUCCAGAACAAAACUCUUACAAAUUACGAAAAGAUCUCAUAAGACUCUUUUAACAUACUUGGAUAAACUCAUAACAUAAUUCUUGUAAAAAGACUUAAUUUAGGUCUCAUAGUACUAUUUUUUGUGAGAUAAUAAUGCUACUAGAGUUAGUAAGCCUUUAAAUCUCAUAAUAAGACCAUCUUGUACCUUUUUUAUAAAACUUCAACUCUCAACGAGUUAUACUCUUGAAAAAAUGCCCAUAUGAGUAGUAAAUUGUUAUGAUACUUAUAAGAAAACUCUUGUAAGAUAUAAAGUAUAAAACAACUUAUAAAUAUGCCCUUAUGAGACGUAAAAUGUUAAAACACGUAUAAGAAAACUCUUAUGAGUAGAAAAGAAUCAUUAUUCUCAUAAACACUACAAUAGAGCGCACUUAUAUCAAGAAAAAUAUUCUGUCAGCCAACAUACCUUGUUUCAGGGUUGAUCCGUCAAAAUGGAUAAGUUUAAUUGGAAAAAAGUUAAAAGAUCCACUAAUUUGCGAAGGAAAAUUCAGAAGAUGUGCCUUAAAUUAAAAGAUAACACGUCCAAGAGUGUUACAGCCAAUAAAAGAGUUACUGCAAAUUUUAAACAAUAUUCUAAAAAUAGUGCGCGGUCUGCGGACAAUUUAUAUCAAAAAUCUGUUCGUCCAGAAUAUAACAGCUGUAAUCAUAUUCAGAACAACUCGAAUGAAGGUCACGAUGCAGAAAUUUCUCUUGAUAAUAUAAAAGCACCAUGGCAUGUAAUUAACACGAAAAGUAAUUAAAUUAAAUGUUGUAUUCCCUUUCAGCAAUAUGAUGAUGAGGAAUACCAGAUAAUCGAUACUGGGUUAAAAAAAAUUAAGUUUAUGGAACUGAAUUAAAAAAUUGGGCAAUUCUGUUUAUUAUAAGGCACCAAGCAUUAAAACGAUUGUUACAAAUAUGUAAUAAACGAAACCCUGAUUCAUUGCCAAAAGAUGCAAGAACGUUGGUACAAAUACCAACUGUUACUACAAUUCAGGCAGUCGGUUUGGGUGCCCAAUAUUGGCACCAAGGGCUUGCAUUUUGUUUACAACAAUGUUUUGCCAAUAUCAAAGAAUCGUUAGGAAUUUCCAUUAACAUCAACAUUGAUGGCUUACCAAUAUAUAAGAGUUCCAGAGAGGAGUUCUGGCCCAUUUUAUUUAAUAUAUAUGAAGAACCAAUGGUCAUCGGUAUCUAUAGCGGCAAAUAGGCCUGGGUAACGGCGCAAAUUUUUUGGCGCUGACACACUACCUUCAGCGCCAUUGUCGGAAUUAGCACAGUGUGUUGGCGCAAUGGCGCCUCUUCAGGAUAAAGCUCAUUUCCUUUAUUGCUGCACGCUGCACUAAAGUGAAUUAAUACAAGGUUAUAGUUAUAUCGGUUGAGAAAAAACUCAAGUAUACCCAAGUUCAAAACCCAAAAAUACAACAAACCAAUCAUUUUCACAUUCAGAAGACAGCGACGAAUUCUAGCAACACCACCUUGUAUAAAUUCGCCUUGUGCUGCACAAUUUACAAGAGACACUUCUAUUUCGGGUGUUCUUUGCUGGUUCUUUGCGACACCCGGUGUUGUCAGUGUUCCGGUGUUGAACUAAGCUGAAUUAAUACAAGGUGGUAUCGGUUGGGCAAAACCAAUUCAAAUAUACCCAAGUUCAAAACCCAAAAAUACAACAAACACAUAAUUUUCACAUUCAGAAGGACCGCGGGUAAUUUUAACCACACCACCUUGUAAAAAUUCGCCUUGUGCGGCACAUUUUACAAGUGACACUUCGCUGUGUUCUUUGCGCCGCCCGGUGUUGUCCGUGUUCGGGUGUUGAUGGUGUCAUUGCGUCACUAAGUUGUGACAAUCGGUAUCGGCGCCAGUAACUCAGCUCUCGGUAUCAGCGCAAUGGCGCGGCGCCGCACUGUGUUACCCACGGCUAGUGGCAAAGGUAAACCACUCAGUCUAGAGUUGUUCAUACGACCGUUUGUGGAUGAAGCGAAAGAAGUCCUGACCAAUGGAGUUACCAUCAAUGGACAGCAUAAAGUUGCCGUUAAAAUCCACUCUUUCAUAGGUGACUCUCCAGCACGGGCUUUUAUAAAAGGCUUCAAGAUGUUCAUCUGCCUCAACACCUUCAACAUCACCAUCAACAUUAUUACCUGUGGGUGCAAUGCUACCAAUACCAGGAGCAGUGACCUCAUAAGUUCGAGGAAUACGGUCGAUAUUAUUUUCAGUCCUUUUCUUGGCAUUCUUAAGGACUGUUGCGAAAAACUCCUUGCUUUUAUUUUCAUCGAAAUCCGACGCAGCCAAUCUUACUAUCGAAUUGAAAACACUAAGAAUGUUGCGAUAAUUUUUAAGAGCAACUCUUCCAAUUCGUCGAUUUCAUCCUGAUUCGAAAUUGGAGCAUCUAAUAGGCCUGCAGAACUUGCACUGCUGUUAUCCUCAACGGUAUCAACGGUAGAAUUUUUAUUGUUAUUAAAUAGAUUUUCUAUAUCGUUAAUGCGAUUAAUAAUAAUAUCUUUGAAGGCACUUUGUUUCGCAAGAUGUCGUAUAAUGACAGUCUGAUUUUGUUGGAUUUGAAUCAGACUUUCACUUAUAUUCUUUAGUAAACUGCGAAUAUCAACUUCCGCGACUUCCUCAGGGGAUUGUAACUGCUGUAAGGAACGGAAUUUAUAAUUGCUAUAUAACAAGAUCUUUUAUUAACAAUAUAUUAUACUUUCAAAAAAGCGUACGUGUAGUAUUGGUUGCUGGUACGAUGAUGAUAUCUGCGAUUGCUGAUAUUGGUAGCCCGGUGAUGAUGGUAAAGUGAAAGCAGUGAAAGUAUGGGGUUGUGGUUGUUGUAAUGGUGGCUCUACAAGCGUUUCCUGCUAGGAGGAAAAUUGUUAAUGUAUAUUUUCUUUUCGUAAUAAUAUCAGUAUAUACCUGCGCAUAGGUAAGCAUGUCAUUAAAAUCAUGGUCAACACCAUUACUAGCGGCUUUGGAACAUACAUUUCUUUUUAUGCGUUGUGGGGAUUUUAAGGUAUCCACGUUCCAUCCGUCAGUGUCACUGUAAUCUUCCAUUCUCCUUAUUUC